GCAUCGUUGCUUUCUGGGUCUUUUGACUUUGUGCUCGACGUACUGUGUUCGAUUCGGUUCGUUGUUAGAUGUAUUUCGUUAUUGAUUUGUGUAAUAAUCGAAACCCAGAAAGAAAAGAGGGAGAAAGAACAAUCCGCAUAAACUGUGUGGUGGGAAUCUGAAAUCGAUAACUAGUCUUGACUCCUCUUAAUGGAACCAAGUUAGGGCAUGUAUAAUUUGACUUCCUGGGUAUUUAGUUGGAUUGACCCGGUUUUUUGAUUUGGGGUUCUUGACUAGCCUAAGAACUAACCUUGUUACUUUAGGUAUUGAACUCCUCUGUAGUUUUUAGCAAUCGGUACUUGGGAGUAAUUAGGUCCUUCCCUGUUGUAUUGUGUUUGCGUUGGGAGUUUUGCCGAGAACAUUCCGUAUGUGUAUAAUCAAAUUAGAAGCCCAGUUCUAACAAUUGCAAACAUCCCUUGCUAAUGGUUAAGCUGUUCUGCUUAUGUGUAGUUAAACUUUCCUGAUUUUGACCACUCCUAUUGUUUUGACCUCUCAAACCGCUAGCAAUUGAUUUUGCUCCAAGGAGAAGCUGAGAAGGCCAAGAAAGAAAAGAAGAGAGAGAAAAAACGAGAGAAGAAAGAAAAGAAGGCUAGAGAAAAUGGGGAGGUUGAAGACAAGAAGCACCAUCACAAAAAAGGGAACAAAGAUGAAAGGCAACAAGAAGAUGAGAAAGUCAGGGAACAUGGCAAGAAGAGAGAACGUGAAGAAGCUGAAAUUCUGGACAUGAGUACCCUAACGGAAGAGCAUCCAGUUGGUUCCCAGAAUUCUUCUGACAGUACCGUUAACAGCAAUAACAGCAACAAAAGGCAGAAGCAGAACUUGUCUCCUGAGUGCAGGCAAAAUACCGGGAGUAUUCUUCGUAUCCGGUUGCCUCUCCAAAGGCACAAAGAUCAAGAAGUGCUACCGAGAGAGGACUUGCCUUCCCGGUUGCCUCCCCAAAGGCACAAAGAUCAAGAAGUGCUACCGAGAGAGGACUUGCCUUCCCGGUUGCCUCCCCACAGGAACAAUGCUCCAGAGGAACAGCCUUUUCGGUUGCCUCUCCAAAGGACCAAUGCUCCAGAAGUUUCUCCCAGAGAGAAACUGCCUAGCCGGUUGCCUCUUCAAAGAAACAAAGAUUCAGCAUUGUUACCCAAAGAGGAACAGCCUUGCAGGUUGCCUCUACAAAGGAACAAACAUCUGGAAGUGUUGCCCAAAGAGGAACAACCCUGCAGGUUGCCUCUACAAAGGAACAAACAUCUGGAAGUGUUGCCCAAAGAGGAACAACCCUGCAGGUUGCCUCUUAAGACACAGAAAGAACCACCAGUGCUAACUCGAGAGAAACAGCCUUCUCUUAAAAGGCAAAAGGAUCAAGAUGUUCUACCCAAAGAGAAAAAGACUUGCCUGGUGUCUCUCCAAAGGACCAAGGAUUCAGAAGUAUUACCCAGGGAGAAACAACAGCCUAGCCAGCUGCCUCUCCAAGCGAACAAAGAUCAAAAAAUAGUACCCAGGGAGAAACAGCUUAGCCAGUUGCCUCUCCAAAGGAACAAGGAUCCAGCAGUGCUAUCUAGAGAGGAACAGCCCAGCCAGUUGCUUCUCCAAAAGCAGAAAGUUCCACAAGUGCUGCUCAGAGAAGAACAGCCGUGUUCUGUCUCUGGAAGGACUGGUGAUGCCUCUGUUCAAGGUAGGUGUGAACCUGCUCCUGUACUUGGAAGGGAUGUGGGAGAAAAACCCUGUUCUACUUCUGGAAUUGAGGGCAAAGAAGACCGAAAAAGCAAGCGAAGAGCAUCACAAUACAUAGAGCUAUUUGAGAAAUGGGUUGAGCCUCCUCUUUUAUUAAGUUUACCACCCACAGAUAUUGAUGAUGAUCAGGGAUGGUUGCUUAAGACGAAUAAGAACCCAAACUGUGGGGUUGAGAAAUGUGUUGCUGCCAGUGACAGCUUGAGCUGUGGAGACUCGGUGUCUUGGCCACAUGCUCGCCUCUUGCCUGAGGUUGAUAUAUAUGCUUUGCCAUAUACCGUACCAUUUUAAACUUCUGUUGGAAAUUUGAAGAGACACAAGUGAGGAGCUGAGAGCUGCCAGUGACCUUUGUGCUUCAUAUAUUCUUUUUCUUUGGGAGUGUGGAGAGGUUGUUACCGCUCUUGUGCUGUUUUAAGGCCUUCAACGCCUGGAGCAAACUCUUGGUUGGGUUGGAAAAAUAGCAACUGUAGAGCUUUUUGAGGAAUGAAAGUUUCUUGUAGAGUAGAUGAAAUUUAUUGAUGUAUUGAGAACAUUUUCGAUUCUUUUAUCAGAUACAAUAUCACUCAGUUUUGUCCUUUGCCUA